GUUUUCUUCUCUUCUUCUCCAGUGAGCUUCACAAUCGCCAACGAGAUCCAAUCUCUCAACGGCGGCAAAAUGUCUCCUUCCUUCCUCCUCCUCCUCAUCCCCAUCAUCCCACUCUCCCUUCUCGCUAUCUUAUCCCUAAUCGUCCGCCCCAAACCCAUCAGAAUCCCCAUCAAGUCCCGCCACGUCUUCAUCACCGGCGGAUCCAGCGGCAUCGGCCUCGCACUAGCCCACCGCGCGGCCUCGGAAGGCGCUCGCGUCUCCAUCCUCGCUCGAUCCCCCCAAAAGCUCGAAGAAGCGAAACAAUCCAUAAAGCUCGCCACCGGAGUCGAAGUCGCAAUUUUCUCCGCCGACGUUCGCGAUUACGACGCCGUUUCGAAGGCGGUUGAGGAAUCGGGCCCGAUCGAUGUGUUGAUCGUUAAUCAAGGGGUGUUCACGGCGAGAGAGCUCGAGAAGCAUAGCGUGGAGGAUGUGAGGUUUACGAUUGAGGUUAAUCUCGUUGGGAGCUUUAAUGUGAUUAAGGCUGCGUUGCCGAGGAUGAAGGGGAGGGAAGGUCGUGGGCCGGGUUCGAUCUCUCUAGUUUCAUCUCAGGCUGGUCAGGUGGGUGUUUAUGGAUAUGCUGCUUAUUCAGCGAGUAAGUUUGGGCUUCAAGGUUUAGCGCAGUCUCUGCAGCAAGAAGUUGUUGCUGAUGAUAUUCAUGUCACUCUUGUUUUUCCUCCUGACACUGAUACACCAGGGUUUGAGGAAGAACAGAAGAGUAGACCUGAGGUGACUGCCAUAAUAGCUGCGUCCUCUGGUUCAAUGAAAACAGAAGAAGUGGCGAGAAGAGCUAUGAAUGGCAUCAAAGCAGGAAAGUUCACUGUCUCAUGCAACUUUGAAGGAUUCUUACUAUCACUCGCCACAACCGGAAUGUCACCACAAAGAUCAUUUUGGCUAGCUUUUCUUGAAGUUAUAACCGCAGGGCCUAUAAGGUUGGUCGCUCUCUUUUUCCAAUGGGACUGGUACAAUGCCAUCGAAAAGUGGAGCAAAACCAAAAACAAAUAAGAGCUAGACACGUAUCAUAGCUCGUCAGAAACUAAAGAAACACACUGGUGGCUACUCUUGCUGAUAGUUAGUUUUGUGGAUUCAUGAUAUGGUCUCAGAACAAGUUGUGUUACUUUCUUUGUAGAGAAUCUAAAGAAUUCAUUUGAAUGUAUUAGCCUCGCACAGUAUGUUUACUUGGUCAAGAAAUGAAUUUUGCUUCACAA